GUCUCCACUUGGCCGCUGCUUGAGCAGCUGAGAGGGUGGCGACGUCCGGGCCAUGAGGCUGGGUCCAGUCCUGCUGCUUUUGGCUGGCGUCUUCUCUUUUGCAGCCCCAGGAGCCGCCGCUGAGCCCCACAGUCUUCGUUAUAACCUCACAGUGCUGUCCUGGGAUGGAUCUGUGCAGUCAGGAUUUCUCGCUGACGGGCAUCUGGAUGGUCAGCUCUUCCUGCUCUGUGACAGGCAGAAAUGCCCGGCAGGGCCCCAGGGACAGUGGGCAGAAGCAAUCCUGAGAGCCGAGACCUCAAACACUGAGAUCGAGGACUUGAGAGAGAAUGAGAAGGACCUCAAGAUGACCCUGGCUCAUGAAAAGGGGCAGAAAGGAGCCUUGCAUUCCCUCCAGGAAAUUAGACUCUGUGAGAUCCAUGAAGAUGGCAGCACCAGGGGUUUCCGGCAUUUCUACUCUGAUGGGGAGCUCUUCCUCUCCCAAAACCUGGACACUCGGGAGUGGAACGUGUCACAAUCCUCCAGAGUUCAGAUCUUGCCUAUAAACAUCACGAAGGUCUUGGAGGAAAACGCAAAGAAAGCUGGCACUGUGCUGGCAGACUGCCUGUGGAAACUACGGCGAUAUCUGGCAUCUGGGGCAGGCAUCAGGAGAACAGUGCCCCCCAUGGUGAAUGUCACCCGCAGUGAGGGCUCAGAGAGAAACAUCAAUGUGACAUGCUGGGCUUCCGGCUUCUAUCCCCCAAAUAUCACACUGAACUGGUGUCAGGAUGGGGUAUCUUUAAGCCACGACGCCCAGCACUCAGAGGGUGUCCUGCCUGAUGGGAAUGGAACCUACCAGACCUGGGUGACCAUCAGGAUUCGCCAAGGAGAGGAGCAGAGGUUCACCUGCUACAUGGAACACAGCGGGAACCACAGCACUCACCCUGUGCCCUCUGGGAAGGUGCCAGUGCUUCAGAGGCAAUGGUCAUUCUAUAUAUUUUUGUUUCUGCUGCUGCUGCCGCUAUUAGUCUUCUCUGUGUCCUUCAUUACAAGAAGAAUAAAACAUUACCCACACAGCAUCCAGGAAAUAAAUGCCCAUGACUCAGAUAUGAAGAGGAGAACCUACAACAAGAGCAGUCAACCUGGGAGCUGACACCAGAACAGCUUUGGAAAUGCCUGUCGAGCCAGGAACUAGGAAUCAAACCCAAACAGAAUCACAGGAGGUGAAGGAUGUGAAAUGAUGCCCCAGCAGUGCCUGAAUGAAUGAAUCAUGGGCAGUGGCUCAUGGGUUGCCUGGCCAGUCUGGAACUUGGGGAAAUGAAAGUUGGAGAAUUGGGGGGUGGAAGAGUGAAGUGUGCACUGACCUCUUUCCAUGGGAAGAGCGUGUGAAGAUAGAGGCUGCAUGUGAAUACCCACCAGAGGGUCUCCGAGGGGCUGGGGCUCCCUGUAACCAGGUGGUCGAGAUGGCUUGAUGGAUGAUGCCACCCAGCCACACAGGGCUUGCUCAUACAGUCCCUGCACAAAGUGGCCGUGGUGGCUGGGGUGGACACUGCAUGGGCACAGCAAUUGAGUCACCACACACCAAGGCCGAGCUGGCAGCUGCCGCUGCUGAGAAUCUAGCCUACCAAAGUCAGCUGUUUCUUUGAACAGAGAAAAAAACAGGCAAUGUUAAUUAGGAGCAAGACAGUGUUAUGACAGAUAAGUAUGUUAUGACAAAACACACUAAUAAAUACACAUGAUAAACAUAUGUUAUGACAAAAUAGUGUUAUGACAGAUAAAUAUGCCACUGCAGCUAUAGUGGAGAUGUAAACAAUCUUGAAAUAAUAUAAAAAAAAUUAUGUCGAAGGAAAAUACUUACUGCAAACAAAGAAGUCAAAACAGUUGUAAAAUCCUAUUUCUGUUCAGCCACAUCGAGAUUGUUUCACAGGGAAGUUCUACCAACCCUUCAGGGAAGGUUAUUGGACUUGUUUAAAAUAUUCAAGAGAAAGGGGAAAUACAUGGAAAGCUAGAACACUCACUUUAUAGAUAUGAAUAGUGUUCACUCUAAAGCCAGUUAGGGAACAAAUAACAAAGAAACAUGACAGAAAAAUUACUAUGAAUAACUAGAUUGAAAUAGAUGAGAAAAAUAGCAGACUGUUUCCAUCAGUGUGCUCUAAACAAAUUAAAUUUCUUGACCAAGUUUAUUUAAAUCCCAAGAUUGCAAGAAUAUUUAAAUCUAUUAAUGCAUGUUACCACGUAAUCCAAUCAUUUAAACAGAGACAAUCAUAUUUCACUCGAUCAGAAAUCACUGCAGAUGAAAUUCCACACUACAUCUGCCCUACAUUUCUUCAGUUAUCUCCAUUUUUAAGAAUUCAUAAUCGGUGCAGCACCGUUCAAUUAGCAAAGACAAGGAAUCAACCCAGAUGCCCAUCAACAGUGGACUGGAUCAAGAAAAUGUGGUACGUGUACACCGUGGUGUGCUACCCCGCCACAACAACAAGAACGAAAUCAUGUCCUUCACAGCAACGUGGGUGGAGCUGGAGACCAUUAUUCUAAGCAAAUUAAUGCAGGAACAGAAAACCAAAUCCCACAUAUUCUCACCUAGAAGUGGAAGUUUGACAUUGGGUACACAUGGACACAAAGAAGGGAACAGCAGACACUGGGGCCUAUUUUAGGGGGG